AUGGAAGAGGGCAAGUUCGACCACCUUCCGCUUGCCAACAAAGGCCCUCUCAAAGUACCCCUCUACGGCCGCCUACUUCUGGACAACCCUUUCUACAACAAGGGGACAUGCUUCACCUCACAAGAGCGUCUGGAUUUCGGGCUCAAGGGCCUCCUGCCCACCAACAUCCAAAACCUCGAUGAGCAGGUCAUGCGAGCCUAUCAACAGUACUGCAAUCAGCCAGAUGACCUCUCCAAGAACACCUUCAUGACCUCGAUGGCUGAGCAGAAUACCGUGCUCUAUUAUCGUCUGAUUCAAGAUCACCUACGGGAGAUGUUCAGUAUCAUCUACACUCCAACUGAGGGUGAUGCAAUCGAGAAUUACUCUCGAAUCUUCCGCAGGCCGGAUGGUUGCUUUUUGAGUAUCAAACACCCGGACGAGGUGGAGGAGCGAUUGAGUAAAUUUGUUAGAGAGAAUGACCCUGACGGAGGGGUCGACUACAUCGUUGUUAGUGAUGGGGAAGAGAUCCUGGGAAUCGGCGAUCAAGGGGUUGGAGGCAUCUUGAUCAGCGUGGCCAAGUUGGCUCUGAUGACCAUCUGCGGUGGAUUGCAUCCGGACCGAACCCUCCCAGUCAUCCUCGACACGGGAACGGAUAAUGAAAACCUCCUGAACGACGACCUCUAUCUCGGCCAUCGGUUCAGACGUGUUCGAGGCCAAAGGUACGACGAGUUUUGUGACAAAUUCAUCCGCACGGCCAAAAAGCUUUAUCCAAAGGCCUAUGUCCAUUUUGAGGACUUUGGUCUUCCUAAUGCCCGGAGGUUGCUCGACAAAUAUCGCACCGAGUUUCCCGUCUUCAAUGAUGAUGUUCAAGGGACGGGGUGCGUCACUCUGGCAGCGAUCAUGGCUGGCUUGCAUAUCAACGGGGUAAAGAUGUCGGACUUGAGAGUGGUUGUUUUCGGAGCUGGGACUGCUGGGUGCGGCAUCGCCGAACAAGUCCAAGCGGCCAUUGCCACCCAAUCCGAGAAGAGCAAGGAAGAUGUUGCGAAUCAGAUAUGGUGUGUUGAUAAACCGGGUCUGCUCCUUGACGACAUGGGAGAUACCCUCUCAAUGGCACAGAGACCCUUUGCACGCGAAGCAUCCGAAUGGCAGGGCAAAGACACCAAAUCCCUCAAAUCGGUCAUCGCCGAGGUCAAACCUCAUGUCCUGAUCGGGACGUCCACAGUCCCCGGCGCUUUCACCAAGGAAGCUGUCCAGGAGAUGGCAAAGCACGUCGAACGGCCCAUAAUUCUCCCCCUCAGCAAUCCUACACGUCUGCAUGAGGCCAAGCCAGAGGACCUCAUCCACUGGACUGAUGGUCGAGCUCUCGUUGCUACAGGCUCGCCGUUUCCGCCUGUCAAGCACAAUGGCAAGGAGAUCGAGGUGGCCGAAUGCAACAACUCUGUCUGCUUCCCUGGAAUAGGCUUAGGUGGCGUCUUGUGUCGAACAAAAUUGGUGACAGAUAAGAUGCUCGUCGCAGCCGUGACUGCACUGGCCAAGGAAGCUCCUGCUAUGCGUGACCCGGAAAAGGCCCUUGUUCCAGGCGUCGAAAUGGCCAGACCAGUCAGUGUCAAGAUUGCAAUGGCGGUUAUUCGAUGUGCGGUGGAGGAUGGACUGGCGCAGACGACGGACAUUCCUGUCGACUCUGAUGAAGAGUUGCAGGAAUGGGUGGAGGCGCAGAUGUGGGAUCCGGUCUACCGACCUUACGUGAGGCCUUGA